AUGAAGGCCUGAACCAAAUCUUAUCCAUUCAAACCUCGAGUCGUCCGCGUGGUGGUCGCGCCGCCGCAGCGGAAAGCCGGAGACGGAGCGCGGCCGCAACCUUGCCUGCCUCGCGCCGUCACGCAGUUCGCGGUUCCCUCCACAGCUCAUACCCACGCCCUUGAGGUUGUGCGGCGACCUGCACGCGGUGAAGACUUCAGGAAAACAAAAGGGGGAGGAACUCAGAUCUCCGCAGUCCUCUGUUUUCCCUCCACACAGACACAGCACGCGCGGACGGCGCAGUCUCUCACCCCUCCCUCACCGCGCAAAUGGCGGCCUCCUCCCCGGCCACGACCGCCCCUCCUCUCGUCGCGCCAGGGACCCACCGCGGCCACGGCGCCGGGAUCCGCCGCCUCUCGGCGUCGCCGUCCUGCUACCCGUAUCUCGCGCUGUCCUCCUCACCGGCCGUCUCCUCCGUCGCCGCCUCUGCUGGCUCCCUCAAACCCAAGCACAAGGGUCUGGGACUUCGGUGCCGGGCCGCGGAGGAGGCGCCGCCGCCGGCGCGGGGGAAGGCUACGCUCAAGGUGAUGAUCUCGGGAGCGCCCGCGUCGGGCAAAGGGACGCUAUGCCGCAUGAUCGUCGAGAAGUAUGGUUUAGUUCACAUAUCAACUGGAGAUCUUCUGCGAGCUGAAGUAUCUUCUGGCACAGAAAUUGGCAAAAAAGCAAAAGAAUAUAUGGAUAGUGGAAAGCUUGUACCGGAUCAAGAUGUCACAGAUAUGGUGGUAUCACGACUAUCACAACUGGAUGUACAAGAAAGAGGGUGGCUUCUUGAUGGCUACCCAAGGAGCUUCAGUCAAGCACAAAGUCUUGAAAGUUUGAAAAUAAGACCAGAUACAUUCAUUGUGCUAGAAGUUCCUGAUGACAUUCUAAUCGACAGAUGUGUUGGAAGACGGCUGGAUCCUGUUACCGGCAAAAUUUACCAUGUAAAAAACUCCCCCCCGGAGAAUGAGGAGAUUUCUGCCCGACUUAUUACACGUUCUGACGAUACAUUUGAGAAGGUUAAAUCACGUCUUGAUACAUACAAGCAAAAUUCUGAAGCUAUUCUUCCUACAUACUCAGAUUUGCUUAAUCAGAUUGAUGGAAAUCGCCCAGUUGAAGUCAUUUUUCAGGAGAUAGAUUCCCUAUUACAGAAGAUCUGUGAGAACAAUUCUGCAAACAAGUUGACCCAAACAAAUGGAAGACCAUCUGAUUCCGAGGAUACAGGUUCAAAACAUGAGUGGCGUGGGAUACCGACAAGAUUGAAUAACAUUCCACAUUCCAGGGAAAUUAGGAAAUACUUCUACGAUGAUGUAUUACAUGCUACAAAACGUGCUAUUGAAGACAAAAAGACUCGGUUGCAGAUAGACAUCAACAUUCCUGAACUUAACCCUGAAAUGGAUGUUUAUCGCAUAGGAACCCUUAUGGAACUUGUCAGGGAACUUUCUCUAUCCUUUGCUGAUGAUGGAAAACGUGUCAAGGUGUGUGUUCAAGGCUCCAUGGGGCAAGGUGCAUUUGCUGGCAUCCCACUUCAACUGGCAGGAACCAGAAAAAUUUUGGAAUUCAUGGACUGGGGUGACUAUGGGGCGAAGGGUACCUUCAUUAACAUUGGAGCAGUAGGUGCUAGCGAGGUUGACAAAGAAGAUGAUAUGUUUAUCCUCAUUGCUCCCCAAAAUGCUGUUGGAAACUGCAUAAUUGAUGAUAUGAGAGCUAUGACUGAUGCUGCUGGUGACAGACCUGUGAUUCUUGUAAACCCUCGCCUAAAGGAUAUGCCUGGAUCAAGUGGUGUAAUGCAAACAAUGGGAAGAGAAAUGAGGCUAAAGUAUGCUGCAUCAUUCGAGACCUGCUAUUCGUUUCGUCUUCUCUACUAUGCUGGCUCAUUCUAUCCCAUCAUGGGAGCUUUAAGGAUGGCUUAUCCAAAUAAAUAUGAGAUUUAUCGAAGGGUUGAUGAGCCCAGUGGGAAAGAGAAAUAUGUUCUUAUAGCUGAAUUCACAGAAAAGCCAACUCCUGAUGACAUUACAGGUGCUUUCAAAGGACGAAAAAAGGAUGAGGAAAAGGCAUCUUCAGGAUUCUGGGGUUUCUUAAGUGGUAUAUUGUGAGGCAAGCGGUCUACUAUAAAAUGACGCCAUCCAUCUUUCUUGAGUCAGCGACACUCGACGAUGGAGACUACGAGCUAGUCCCGGAAACUGAGCAAAAGAUUUCUAAAGAUCCUGCAAACAUCAUCGAGAUUUUAACUGAAGCCCCGAACCAAAGUUUGGAAGACCUUGACAUCCCUGCCCUCAGCCCCGCUCAAGAAGGCAAGCCCGGUGCAUAAUCCAGUAUUUUAAAUUAUUGCACUUAUAAAGUUAUAUAUAUAUAUAUUUAUAUUGUGCAUUAAAGUCUAGGAGUUGUAAUGAAACCCUAGAUGCAUGAAUCUUAAGAACUUAUGUAUUGAUUCUGAGCCUUUAUCGAA